CCAACACACCUCCUUACACUACCACCAACACCUCUUUCUCUUCUUACUUGAUUUCUUCUUUCAAGUUUCAAUCAUGGUAAAGCUUCAACCUUAUUCCUAUAAGGUCUUACAAAUCUUCUUCUCUCUUCUUCUUCUUCUAUUCCUUCCUGUCUUAGUAUCAGGUGAUUGUACAUGUGAUACUGAAGAAGACAAGGGACUUAACAGCAAAAAACAUGAGGCACUUAGGUACAAGUUAGGUGCCAUAGCUUCAAUUCUUUUGGGUGGUGCAGUUGGUGUUUGUAUUCCUGUUCUAGGGAAGAAAUUCCCGGCAUUACGACCGGAAAAUGAUAUUUUCUUCAUGAUCAAGGCUUUCGCCGCCGGCGUGAUCCUCUCAACAGGUUUCAUACAUAUACUACCUGAUGCAUUUGAUCAAUUAACAUCUCCAUGUCUCAACCAGAGCAUAUGGGGUAGUUUUCCUUUCGCUGGCUUUGUUGCAAUGGUUUCUGCAAUUGGGACUUUAAUGGUAGACACUUUUGCUAAUAGUUACUUCCAAAGAUCACAGUCUAAUAAGGCUAAACCAGUGGACUCUGAUGAGGAGAAUGGUCAAGUUCAUGUUCAUACACAUGCUACACAUGGCCAUUCACAUGGGUCAUCGGCUAUUGUCUCCGGCGGUGGCGAAUCGGAAGUUAUCAGGCAUCGUGUCAUAUCUCAGGUUUUGGAGUUGGGGAUUGUAGUUCACUCUAUAAUCAUAGGGGUUUCAUUGGGUGCUUCUGUAAGUCCUAAUGUGAUAAAGCCUCUAUUUACAGCCCUGACUUUCCACCAGUUCUUUGAGGGCAUGGGACUUGGUGGAUGCAUCACACAGGCAAAUUUCAAAAGCAGAGCUGUUGUAGUUAUGGCACUUUUCUUCUCCCUUACUACACCAGUUGGGAUCGCUGUUGGAAUUGGGAUAACAAAUGUUUACGACGAAAAUAGCCCGACGGCUCUCAUCGUCGAAGGGGUUCUUGAUUCUGCGGCGGCUGGUAUUUUGAUUUAUAUGUCACUUGUCGAUCUACUUGCAGCUGAUUUUAUGAAUCCUAAGUUCCAAAGCAAUCUGAGGCUUCAGAUAGGGGCACACAUAUCCCUUCUCCUGGGGGCUGGUUGUAUGGCUGUUUUGGCAAAAUGGGCUUGAGUUGUGGGCUUUCUGUUAGAUGCCUUUUUUAUUUUAUUUUUUUUACUUAUGAAGGUUUUGUUUUCCUCAUUCAAGUUAAACCUUAUGAAAUUUACAUUUCUUUUUUUUUGGGGAAAAUUUUGGAAUAUAUUUAGUCUAGAUAGAUGAUGGUAUAGUUUUAUCUGUAAAUAUUUAUGUCCAAAUGGUUUAUCUCUUUACCAAAAAAGAAAAAAAAAUGGUUUAUCUCUA